AUCUGUGGAUGGAGAGAGCUGGAGAGAGAGAGAGGAGACGUUUCGUGCUUUAUUGAGGCUGUUGGAGAAGACUAAUUGUUAAUACUGCUUUCUAGGAGCUAGACAAUCUCACAGGGACCUUUAAUAUAAUACACAACAACACACACACACUUCAUACACUCUCUCAGCACCAUGUUGGAGGAGAAGAAGACCAAGGUGAAGAUCACGUUCUUCGUCAUCCUGGUGGGCAUCUCCUGCAUGCUGGCUGCCAUGGUGACGGACCACUGGACUGUACUGAGCCCGCCGUUCGACAAGUUCAACGCCACCUGUAAGACGGUCCACUUUGGCCUCUGGAAGCUCUGCAUGAAGACCGUCUUCAUGGUGGAGGAAGACCCAGAGGGCCAGGGCUGUGGCCCAAUCAGUCUGCCCGGAGCCAAGAACUGCUCCUACUUCAAACACUUCACUAAGGAAGAAGAGGCCAAAGGGUUCGAAGCCAAAACUCAGAAAGAAUACAACCUCUCAGCAGCGGCCAUCGCUGUGUUCAGCCUGGCCUUCAUGAUCCUGGGGUCGCUGUGUGUCGUGUGCUCCUUCGGGAAGGGGAGGGACUACCUGCUGAGGCCUGCUGGGAUGUUCUUUGCCUUCGCAGGUCUCUGCAUCAUCAUCUCUGUUGAGGUGAUGCGGAACUCCACCAAGCGGAUGAUUGACAGCGAGGAGACCGUCUGGGAACAGUACUACUACUCCUGGUCCUUUGAAUGUGCCUGCACCUCUUUCGUCCUCCUGGUCUUCAGUGGUCUCAGCCUGUUGAUCAUCUCCAUGCCCCAGAUGCCACGCAACCCCUGGGAGACCUGUAUGGAUGCAGAGCCAGACUCCAUGGAGCCCUUAGACUAGUAGUAGUAGAACAGAUUAGACCUGACCAGAUCAACCCCUGGGAGACCUGUAUGGACGCAGAGCCAGACUCCAUGGAGCCCUUAGACUAGUAGUAGUAGAACAGAUUAGACCUGACCAGAUCAACCCCUGGGAGACCUGUAUGGACGCAGAGCCAGACUCCAUGGAGCCCUUAGACUAGUAGUAGUAGAACAGAUUAGACCUGACCAGAUCAACCCCUGGGAGACCUGUAUGGACACAGAGCCAGACUCCAUGGAGCCCUUAGACUAGUAGUAGACUCCACUAGAACAGACCAGAUCAGAAAAGAUUGAAACAGAACUGACCAGACUAGUCUAGUCCAGGGGAAUCUUCAACAAAGGCUGCCAAAACCAUACAUGUUUUUAUAGAAUCCAACUGAAGAUAAACUAAAUUGAGGCUGGUGCUGGGGGCAACAUAGUUAAGGAUACAGAGGAAUGAGAGUGGGGCACCCCGCCUAAGUAAUGGUAGAAGGGGAAACACUGCACAACACUGCUUGGUUUUAAGUGUACAGAUAAAGAUGUAAGGCAGGUCUCUGAGCAGUCCUCGAGGGCCACAGAUUUUCCUUUCUUUGGUCCUUAACUGAUACAUUUCUGUCAUUGAUUGCAGAGAGUGUCCGCUCUCCUGGUCCAUAUCAUCCGUUACUAAGCAACAGACACUGUGGCACUUGAGGACUGCCCUGAUAUAGGGUGUGUUAGUAAAUUCACCAUGGCAACUUACUUCGAUUUCAGACCACUCUGGUUGGAGAGUGCCAGAGCGCAGAAUAAUGUAUUAAUUUACGAACUGCCUAAACUCGGUUGUUAUGACAGAUGUAAGUAAAUAUCGGCUAAAAAACAGAACUUAAUUGUUGCCAGUAACACAGUUACAGUCACUAACCCUCUUGAUAACAUGAAAACAGUCUAGCACAUCUACCAGCUCUGCAAGGGUGAGUAACAUGUUCACAGUGAGGUGUUCUCUCAUUUGUGUCUGGAAGUAGCUAGCAAGCAAGCUAAGCAAGUUUAGCCAGUUGCCUUGGGUGCUUGACUGCCGAUGUGAAGUCAGAAUGCUCAGAUCAACCCUACACCUCGGCCAGAGUGUCCAGUGUGUGCUCUGAACGCUCCGAGAGCGAAACACUCUGAAUUUAUGAACGGACAAUCUGACAAUGCUCUGAAUUUACGAACACUCAAAACACUCCGAUACUCUAAAGUGAAUUUACGAACGCACCUAUAAUGUACAGUAUUAAAAUGUCACUUUUGCUAUAAAGUGACCACAGAGACAGAAAGAGCUAAAGAACAUGGCAACAUAGUGAGCUGCUACUCUGUGUAAUUUCAUGUAGUUUGAUCUGUCUUGUACAUUUCUAAUAUACAUUUCCGCUCUAGCGUUCUACAUUUUUGUAAUGAAAUAAGUUAAUGCUUUAAUGAACGUUGCAUUGUAAAUAUUCAACCCUCCAGGCAGCUACAAACAAUGUUUAUUUAUUUAACAUGUAUCAAUGGAUUAAACCAUAUUGACACUCCAGUGCAAUGCCUGUACAAGGAUCUACUGUAUUAGUUAGGGAGCUAUACUGCUGCUUGUUGUUUACAGAGGAAAUGUAGAAUGUACAGUGUAUGUAUGUUUUAAACAUGGGCCUAUAAAGAUGAUAGAAAUUA